CAGCCCUGGAAUGCUUUCAUAACUAAUCAGCUGCUGGUUUCGCUUCUGCCACUGUUUUCAAUUAUUUGUGUUAAUAUUUCUGAAAUAAAAUGAACUUGUUUAGGUUAUUGACGCCACUGCAGCUAAGCCUGACAGUGGCACGCACCUAUGGCAAACACAAUAAGAAGUUCUUGUACAAAGAUGGCAAGAAAUACGAGGGUAUUAUAUACUAUCCCAGAACGCCCGACCAUCAAGAUCCGCCCGUAGAACCCGCCAAGCUGUUUCGAGUGCAGCGUAUUAAACCCGUCAAAGGUAAUCCAUUCUGGGAGAAACGCAUACUCAAGGAUCUGGGCCUGGAUGGCAAACAGAGCGACUUUGCCGUCGUCAAAAACAUACCCGAAAACAAUGCACGUCUGUGGAAAAUAAAGCAUCUAAUUAAAGUAACGCCUGUCACGUUUCCCUAUGGCGAGCCCACGGCGAAUGAUAUCAAGCACACUAUACUCAAGGAGAACGGCGAGUGCCUGGUGACAAAGGACAUCGGACCUGUGGAAAUGCGCGACGCCGCACGCGAUGCAUUUGACCAGCAGGCCAAGCGCAUGGACACCGAACUACUGCGAAAGGACUCGCGACUUAAGUGGCUGAAUCCAUGGUAAAACUAGAAUUCAUUUAAAUUUUAUUGUAUAAAAACAUAUUUUUCGUUCAUACAUACACACAUAUAUAUAUAUAUACAACAUAUAUAUAUAUCAAUAAAUCGAAAGCAAGAACAGCUUUAUGUGCGACGCUCGUUGGCGACAAUA